UAUACAAGCCAUUCGUAUUAUUUCUGCCACACAUUCCCUUAAAAAAUGCACUCUUCUCCAAGUCAUCACCUCAUCCAGUCAUACGCUUCCCUCUGUCAAAAAUGGGUUCAAAUCCACUCCCAGCAAACUUUGGGGCCAACUUGGCCAAGCAAAUCCGUGAUUCUCUCCGAGCUGGGGGCAUCGGUGGCGGACAACCUCGAGGUGGUCGACCCGCAGGUCAAUCUGAUGGUCAGGCUGCCCCUCCACCGAAUUCCACUUCUAGACGACUCGCAUCUGGCACUGGGACCGAAGGGGGUCACCAUUUUGAACAGUGCACGGGAGACAUCACCCUCACCACGCAGGUCGUCGGCAAGAAGGCACUGACUCCCGACGAGGAGGCGAAAGCAAGACGUGGCGCGGCCCAACUUGCACGGUACGAAACGGAGGAAACUCGUGACAUGACGGAUGAGCAGUUACAUCGUCUCGUUUUGUUGGAGAAGCUGCGAAAAUUGAGGGGACUGGGACCGCGUGGCGUUAACGUGGAGGUAGCUCCCGAGCAGGUUCGUCGUCCAGAAAUAAUUCCUCCAGCGCCAGCAGCCCCCAACGUUCCACUGGGCGCUGUCGUAGAUUCCGAUACAGAAGACAUGCUCGACAGUGACAUUUCCGACCUUGAGAACGACAGCGAUGCCUAAUUAAUAUUAUAAUUUGAUGUGAAUGUUUGCAUGCGAAUUUAUAAAUUUUAAAUGGUUUCGUAUUAAUUUCCUGAUUAGAAACAUUAACAAAAUUGAUAAGUUUGAGUAAAAAAUUACGUGGUGUAGCAAUUUCUGCUAUUUUGUGGGUGCAAAUUUUUUUUAAAUAAAACUUUUCAACCUCCA